AUGGGUGAGGAGGUCUCCGAGGAGGCCCCUCUCGGGGCUCCUGGGGCCCCUGGCGCUCAGUCCGACGCAGUGGCUCACCUGUGUGCUGCUCGGGGUCUCGUCAAGGAGGGACAGUCGCUGCUGAAGCAGAUUGGACCCUUGCCGAUGGGAGGUUUUACAAGGGCCUCUCUGUCUUCACAUCAGACGCAGAUUUUGUUGCACGUUUACCAGUUCUGCGAACACGCGCUGAAGCAUCUUGAUGCUUGUGGCUUGUCAUUGGGGCCGCUGAGGGGAACUCACCAGCACGAUGCAGACGCAGCAGCAAUGAGGAGGAGGUUGCAGGAGGAGGAGCAGCAGCAGCUACCGGAAUCUAUGGCGAAGGCUGGAAAGACCCAAGGUUUCUUUGCUCUCCUAACAAUGGCAGAGGCUCUGCGGGCGUUGGGCAACUACGAAGACAGUUUGCUUUGCUACACAGAAAGUCUCCAGUGGACUGAGGGCCUUUGCGGGGCAGCGGAACAAACUCGGGCCCUUUUAGCUGCUGCUGCCCUCAUGUCGGAUUUAGGCAGGCACACUGCUCUGGCGGCGGAAGCUGCAGAAGCAGCGGAAGCUGCCAAAGCUGCUGCUGCUGCUGCCACGCCUUCCAACCGCAAAGGAGGCACAGUCUCAGCGGCAGCAGUAUCCGCUGCAACGCCCGGAAGCGAGCCAGGCACACCAUCUGUGCUUCAUACAGAAAGACCAACUGGAGCAAACGGCAGCAGCGGUAACCAAAGCAGGAGCUGGAGGCCCUUAAGGAGCCUCAUGUCAUCCAAUCGCAGGAACCUCAGUUUGGUUGAAAUCAGAGGACUCAGGUACUGUCGUUUUGCUCUGGAGAGCGCUCUGCUUUUGUCCCCCGGGCAUCCAGCGGCCGCAGCAAGACUGAUUAAAGUUUUGUUGCUACAGGGGGACUUCCCUGCGGCUGCGAAGGCACUGCAGCAUGUGCUGCAGCACCAACUUAAUUCGGCUACACAUACACCGCGGAAAAUACUGUGGCUCAGGGGACUACUGCAAGGAGACGCUGCCGCUGCUUCUGCUGCUGCCAAAUUUCUUGCCAACGCACAGAGCCUCACAGACAAACAAAGCAGCAGUAACAGCAGCACCAGUGUUGACGUAGCAGCCGAAGCAGCAGCGCACGACAACGAUUUGGCAGCACAGUUUCUGAAGCAACAACAGCGACGCGUCAAGCGGCAGCUUGCAGCCCUAAAAGCGGAGGAUACUGCUGCGAUUGAGGCCUUAGGGGGAGGGGCAUCUGCCUCCUCCCGGCCGUUAUUGCUGCCGUUGCCCCUUAAAGCAACGGUAUCAGAAGUAACUGCAGCGACGGAUUCAAAAGCCAGGGCACCUGGUGUUGCAGGAUUUGCAGCAGAGGGUUCUUCUCAGGUUGCUCUUGUCUUAGAUGCUUUAAGACUUGCGUUCCUCCAGGGAAUGUCGGAUGGAAACAUCAAUCUCGGGCAUGCCGCGAAUGUGCCGGCUGUACUUGUGGCAAGAGACCUGCCGCUGUCAAUUCCUGCUGCUGCAGCAGCCACAGUAGCACCAGCCACAGCGCCACCAGAGAUGGCGCCAGCGCCAGCGCCAGUAGCAGCUCCUGCAGCAGCACUGGCAGCAACGUCAGCGACUCAGCAGGCGACAGCAUCUACUGCUGCCCAGUGUCGCAGUGGUAGCACUAGUUGGUUGUGGGGUGGGCCGUCACUGCAACAGCAGCAGCAGCAGCAGCAGCAGCGUAGCAGAGGACGAUUGCGGAGUGAGAAGCCGCGCCGUCUCAAGUUCUUGCAGGAGAGUGACGCAUGGCAAUCAAAGACUCCCUUUUCCUUAUGGAAGGCCUGGGGUGCUCUGCUUCGAAUGCCAACAGCACACAGAGAGGCUGCCUUGAGCAGUUCCGCUUUUGAACACAACGCGGCAAUUGACGUGCUGUGGGGCGACUUCUCAGUGUUUUCGCAUUUGCUCGGGGGGCCGGGUGCGGAGGCUGCGGCGGCGGCAGCUGCGGCGACGAACGUGGCCACGGGCCCAGCACCGGGAGCAUCGGCUGGGGCCACUGGCACUGCAGCUGCACCUCCAAGUAGAACGUGCAGCAGCAGAAGCAAUGCUUCGGCUGCAGCAAAGGCAGCGGCUGCACAGCUGCAGCCCCCGUCUAGUGUGGCUUUACCGGUCGUCCCUCCGCCUUCUCUUCAGUGGACACUCUGGCAGCUGCAAACCACUAUUGACUCCAUAUUGGUUGGAAGAGAAUCAGCAACGGAAAAAUCAGGGGACACAGAGUUAGCGAAGAGCAGCAACAGCUGCCAGCAAGAACAACAGCAGCGGAUGCAGGAGCAGGAAGCUGGGGAAAAGCUGCUGCUCCAGCAGCUAGCUGCCACGUUUGGCGUCUCCUCAGCUCAUCGCCGCAGCGAAGAGAUUUCCCUCCUUGAGACUUCUCUUAAGGUUGUCGAGGUAUUGCUGUCUCCACAGAGCCUUUCGUCACGGUGGCCGGAGCUGCCCUGGGGCAGAGGGGUAGCACUGCGGCUACGGGAUCUGCUGCAGCUGCUGUUAGGCGUGGGCGCUGCACUGUCAGCCGAGGUGCCAGUGGCAACCGCGAAGGCAGAGAGCACUAACGGUGCAGCAGCAAGGCUUGCAACAUCAGAACAGCCAGCGGAAGUGUGGGGCAGAAUUUGCCUUGCUGCAACGUCUGCGCCAGGACAAGCAGCAAAGCAUGCGAGGGCGUUUCAGCACUUUUUUAGUGCAGGUGUGGCUGAGCGUGCUGCGCUUGCCUUGAUGCAUGCAGCAGCAGUAGCGCUUGACGCCCACCCUGAGCGGCAGCAGCAACAGCAGCAGCUCAUGCCGGUGAAAGAAGCGCAGCAGCUCCUUGAUGUUGCCGGAGACUUGCUGUACGCAGUUUCUGUGGCGCUGCAGUGCAGCGGCUGCAGUAAGAAAGAGGCUAGCGGAACAACAGCUCCAGGAGCAGAAGUGGAUAAGGAACGUAACAGCAGGCUUCAACGCGCCAUGGCAUGGCUAAUGCUGUUGCAGCGGCAUUCCGCAGCGGCACGUGGCGAGGCUCUAACAGCACCAGCCGCUACUGCUGCGGCAGCAGCUUUCACCGACGAUGGGGCGACAGAUUUUGAUAGGGGGGAGGGGUCUGCAGCGGCCUUAAGUGCACUGUUGCUGCUUCUUGACGACCUUGACCCUCAAAAGCAGUUUCAGCACCAAGGAGAGGAGAAUAGUCUCCUGCCGUCUUUGGAUCACCUUCGGUCUCAGGCUGUCGCUGCGGUGAUUGCCGAAGGCCUGGAGGUACAUGAGUUGCUUCAGUCUGAUCCCCGCGCGGCUGCGCUUUUCGCCACUUCCACCACUACCAAACAGUGCCACCAGCGACAGCAGCAUCAGGAAAAGGAGAUACCGGAAGAUAAGGCGUCGUUCGAGUCCGUUUCGUCUAGAGUCUUGAGCGCAGAGGUUGAAGCCUCCCUGCUCGCUGCCGUUGCUGCUGCACAGCAGCAGCUGGAUGCUGUCUCCAAGCGAGUGCAUGCAGAGAUACAUGAGCGAACAGUAGCAGCUGCAGCUGCAGCGGACGAUGAACAGCAGCCGCAGCCGCAGCAGCAGCAGCAGUCUUCGCAAACGAGCAUACUUAGCGCAGAAACGCAAGAAGAAGUUCUCUGUCUUAUCCAGUCAUUCGUCCCAUUCUUCUCUCGGGUGUCUAGGCAGCUCUCUCUACUCUCUGCCUCAGAGCUGGACUUGGGUGCGGGGAAGGUCCCCCCCGCUGUGGAAAUUUGCCCCACAGUACACUCGUUUGUUUUGUCUCUCAUGUCUCUUUAUGGAGACAUCUUCGCUGUAUUGGCCCUUCGCGCAGCUCGGUCACUGGAUGAUUGUGUUUUCCCUUUUGCUGCCGUCACAGCAGCAGCAUCAGCAGCAGAUACGGCUGCAAAAACUUUACGGGGUUGCCCCUUCCCAUCCGCCGAAUUGAAGGAGGAUUUCGUCUUAGGUGUUGUUUCUUCGCUUCCCGUUCUUCUGUCUUCUUUGCAGGCCUUCAGAGUUUUUCUCUACGAUACUCCAGAGGCCCCUCUUGCUGCAUCUGCAUCAGCAGCACCACCUGCCGCAGCACCAAGAGGUGCAGCAGCAGUGCAAAUAUCAGAGGAUAACGCAAUGUCAGACGCUCCUGAUGCGCAGCGACAGCAGUAUCUGCAGCAGCAGCGGCUGCAGGAAUCUGCGGCAACUGCAGUGCCAACUGCUGAGUUGUUGGGUGAAAGCGGAAAAUUGCCUUCACUUGCUGCUGGAGUCUGUAUGUGGGGAGUUGCUGUCGGUUCUCCAUUUGCUCGUUUGGUGGCUCCGCUGUCUCCGCAGCAAAUAGCGGAAGACCUCAAACUAAAGCCUGACAGCAGCGGCAGCGGCGGAGGCGGCGCUCCUCUCCUUGCCACCGCGUUAGGGGCACCUAUUCCUGUCUCGACUAUAUUCGCUGCAGGUGUUCCAGUGUCAGGUUGUUUCCUUCACCCGACAGUGGUACGCCUUGCCGUGGGUAUUUCAUCGUUUAUUUUGGCGGAGCUCGUUGCUGUUGCUUCUGUCUGCUGCUGCUGCUUCCUUACGGGUGAAACGAAGAGGUUUAGCACUUUGCCCAUAGCGGGGUUGCCAGCGGGGGCAGCGGCAGGGGCCCUGAACAACAGCUCUUCAGGAGGAGCGGCGGCAGCAGCGGCAGCCGCAGCAGUUACUGCGGCAGUUACAGCACGAAAGGGAAGCCUGUGGAAGGACGUUGUGAACAGCAGCCAGAUCAUUCGGUUGGGGCUAUGCGCUCUGCUGCAGCUGGCGGGAGCUCCCCUGGAAUGUGCAGGGACAGCUGGUCAGCCUCAGGCAACAGGUUCGUCGGCAGCUCCUAUCAGAGUCCGUUGGCAGAUGCAUCCCCUGACUUUCCUGGCCCCGACAAAUAACCAAGUCGUAUCCCCUGGAGGCGAUGGCUGGGGAGGGUUGUGUAGCUCGCCUGUUCUGGGAGCCUCGCAGCAGCAGCGUGAUGGGACCGCUACAGCAGCGGGUGUCGGAGGUGCAGCAGCAGGUGGUACUGUCCUCAACGGAGGGGGUGUAAGCAUCUUUGAGACGGCUGACGAAAGGGCAGCCCUGGAUGCGAGUGAGUAUGCGUUGAGACUGGCCCAUUUGGUAUGGGGAGCGGUGGAGGUGGAAGUGGCUGUAAGAGAGCUGCAGGACAUCGGCGCUCAGCAGCAGACUUCUGGGACCGCCGCUGCUGCUGCUGCAAAUGCAGCUGCUGAAAAGGUCAAGGCAGCGUCUGCUGCUGCUGCUACUACAGCUGCAACGCCGAUUCCGCCAAGCGGAGGCAUCAGUGGCGGAAGCAGCAGCAAGAGUAAACGCAGCCAAUCACACUACCCCAAGCCCCCUGUUUCGCAACCCUUACCACUUCAGUGCCUCCCUGGCUGGCUUCGCAGUUGUUACUGGAGCGAGGCAGAGCUCCCCUGGGACAAAUCAGAUGCUGAAAAGGAGUCGGAAGCGGAGACGGAGCGAGGCCUGAAGCAAGCAGCGGGAGUCGAGCUGUUUUUGCCACCCGGGAUAGCGACGUCUUGUCUGCCGCUUUCUUGUCUCCUCGUUGCUUUGCGAUGCUUGCGUAUACCUGCCAUACGGAGAUACGAGCGCGAGCUGCAGCCUUUAGCAGCCGCAUCUGCUGCUGCAGCGGCAGCAACAGAGCGGCAGCAGCCGCAAGUGACUAAAGAGACCCUGGCCGCAGUUACCUGUUGCAGGAAUGUUUUUGUUCUGGUACCCCUCGCUGGGAGGUUGAUGCUGCUCUCCCGUGCUGCAACAGCAGCACCUGCGCUCGCUCCAGGUGACGUCCCUGCUGCUCCCUUGGCUGCACGGGAUGCAGCAGCAGCAGCUGCUGCGGCUGCACGGGGUAUCCCUCUGUUAUGGGGCCCUCCUGGAAGUCACGCAGCCGCUGCUGCAGCAGCAGCUGCCGCAGCAGAGGCCAAUGGAUGGAGGUGGGAGGCUUCUGAAGUGUACGACGUGACGGGGGACAUAUCUUACAAGCUCGCUUGCUGCUUUAUGCUGCUGUACGGGCAGCCUCUACUGCCUCGUCAGCCGCCGCCUCUAGACAAGUUGACUAUACAGACAACGAAGGAGAAGCUUAAAAAUACAUUUAUCGAAGUAUCCCUCCCCACUACCAUGCUUGGGGUGUACAUACACCGCAGUGUGCAGAGGUGCACUGGAUGGAGUCUUCAUGAGAACUCCUUCGCUGUCAAUUCCCUACUGGCACCUUCGCGAGAGACGCGCGAGUUUGCGCGGUUCGCGGUUUCUGCUGUGGAUCUGUUUUGUUUCAACAGCGCAAAGCCCCCAGAGGGCAGCAGACCGUCCUGUGUUCCUCCUUUCCUCACAAAUUGCAGCAACAGCAGCAAUGCCAGUGCAUGCUUCUGCUGCAACAACAACGGGGAUAGUUUGUGGGAAUGUUUAGGGGAGCCCCUGGCGGCUCCCCCUUACCUCCGUCGAUUUUUAAUUGACUCGAAUGGCGUCGGGUCAGUCUCUCCGUUCACGCUGCCGCACAACACUUCGAGGUCCUGCUGUCUUCCCACUUUGCUAUCGGUGUGUAGUUACGGCCGAGCAGAGGAGUUGUCGCUCCUUUCCCCUGCUCCCAAACCACAUUUUCCAUUUUUCAUGCAGUUCAUACCUAGGCAUCAGCAGCAGCAGGUGCUGGUGCCUGAUCGCAUUGCCCUGACACCCCUCGCCGUGCUGCAGCACCACAACACGGAAAUGCAGCAGCUGCUGCAACAGCAAACGGCGUUGAUGCUAUUGCUGCUGCCGCCUGAUGCCGCUCAUAUGCUGCGCAGCCAGUCACUUGCUGCAGUAGGGGGGCGUAUACCUCCUCUUCCGCUCCUCGAGGCAGCUCUCCAGGUGCCUGCUGCUGCUGCACCAUUUGCCGCGGUUGUUGGUGCAUCAAAUGCCGUUGCUGCUUCUGCUGUGGAGCUGCUCACAUCACGGCCCACGCAUCUGUUGCCAGCAUCCCUGAGGCAGUACCCGCUGCAUUUACUGCUGCAGCUGCUGCAGUCGCAAAGGUCUGCUGCAGCAGAGAUUGAGGCCCUCGAGAGAAUAGGCUUGGCGACAAGAGCAGUAGCGGGAGGGCCCCCGAACAAUCCGUUGCUUUGGGAGGCACUGCGGGCGGUACUGGUGGAGUUGACGCUACUGCUAUGCGACCGUUUCGCCUCCACUGGAGGGUGGAAGCAGCAGCUAGAGCUUCAGCAGGAACAACAGCAGUAUUGGGAGUGGGUGGUUGCCGAGGGGGAAAAGGUGCCUUCUGCUUUUGUGCUGGUUUUGUUGUUUGCUCAAGCUCAACUUGUUGCCAAUGUGACGGCCGCACUAUGGCGGUGCUUCGUGGAACUUAACCGUAAUAGAACCAAAGCACAAGCAGCAGAUGGUACGGCCGAUGAAAUGUUGUUGGACACAGUCAGGGCCUUCAGUCCCAAACAUCUCAGCGGGGCGGAGGCCGAAUGGUCCUACCUUGCGGCUAAGACAGAUGCGCUCUUGCUUCUGCUGCUGCAGUUCUCUCACUUAAAGUCACACGCAGCAGCAAAAGCAGGGUUAGCUGCAGAUGCGCCGGAAGGUGUAGGUGGCGCAGCUCCAAUGGCUGAGGAUUCGGAUUCCAUUAGCAGCAAGGGAACACUUGCAGCGGCAGAUAUUGCAUUGCAGCACGCACAGUGGUGGCGGCGAGUGGCAGAGUGCCGCCGUCUUUCAUCUCUGUUUUGUCUUUCGUCUCUUGCUGGCAAGGGUGAGGAGCUUAGUGAGCGACAGCAGCAUAUUAAGCAGCAGCGUGGCGUGUCAGUAAACCUCUCUUUCCGUCAGUUGCUCUCUUUGGCUUCCAGCAGCAGCAGCAAAAGCACAAAGAAGGACAUACUACUGCUGUACGGCUUUGCAGUAGAGGCGAGCCGUCUUCUGUCGUUUGUCUUCAACGGGUCCUUGCCGGAGAGUUCCUGUGAAAGUCUUGCUGACUGGGUAGAGCCUCUGAAAGAGGGAGCGGAGGAAUUAGAGGGCAGUGACACCAUAAAGAAUGCCUUGGGUUUGUCGGCUUCAUUUGAGAGGGCACGGAAGUGGGCGGAGCCGUCUGCUUUCUUUUUUUCUUUGAUGUUAAUCCGCUCAAAGUGCUUCAGAAGGAUUGCUGCAGCCGCUGCUGCACCGCCGGCAGCAGAAAACUGUGUUGGGCAAGGCAACGAUACAGCUGCGGCUGCUGUUGCCGCCGUUGCUGCCGCAGCUGAGGCUGCCUAUCCCCAACGCCAUCCAGAUAUUGUUGCGCUGACGGCAGCUGCUGCAGCAGCGGGCCAGGCCAAUGCAACAGAAAUCAGCAGCAACGCUCCCAACGGCGACAGCAAAGCCGAUGCAUCGCAGCUUGCAGGAGCAUACGGCGCGGCAGCAGCUGCGGGUGUGGCAGGAACAGGAGCAGCAGCCGGAGGCGCCCAGAAACCAGGCGCUGCAGCAAUGGCUAGCAGUUUGAAUGCAGUCGCGCUCUGCGAUGCUGCUGAUGCUUUGCUGGUGUCCUGCAUCCAAGCUUUUGGGGCGGACAGCAUGUUGAGGAGUGAGGGGAAGCCGCAGCAGUUAGUGCCGUCCUCCCCUCGCGGCAGCAACUAUCUGAACCGGCCUUCUGACGGCUCCAGCAGUAACAGUAAUGUUGGCAGCAACAGCAGCAUCAACGAUUGUGGAGGUGACGAGACAAGCGGGAAAUCGGAAGCGCGAGAGGAUGGCCGUCGAUUUGUGUCCUGCCACGUGUCUCUCCAGCUGUUCUUGCAGCAUGCUGGUGAUAUAGAGAGCCUUGUUGAAGCAGAAGGGGACCUUAUGCCGCUCGUGUUGCCACUGUAUAGGCUGCAUGCGCUGCGGGUUAGGCUGCUGCUACAGUCGGGGGGAAGAUUGUGGCGCCUCGCUGCUCUUUUCCCAUGGAAGUACAACAGCAAACAUCAGCAUCGUGAGGCGAUUGAGGCUUUAGACGCGGCACUGUAUAUGUGGCGAACGGGCAAAGUAGAGGCUCUUCUGCAGCAGCAGCAGCAGCAGCAGCUGGUGCUUCCGGGUGACCACUUGCUGCCCCUGCGUAGCGAAGCAGAUGUUAUGAGGGACGCUGUUGAUGCUCUACAAUAUUUAGCAUCCAAAAGGCAACUGGGCCUGUGGGCUUCCACGCCUCGUUACCUGGUGACGCGUCUGUGCUUGGCUGCGGGCGAGUUUGGGGCUGCAUGCAAGCAAAUGAAGCACUUGUUUUCGCGCGGCUCCAUCAGAUUAGCUCCUCCUGACUCAUGGAUGAGCAACCAGUACCAGGCGUUCAGGGCCCGCCGUCGCAGCUUCGAUUGCAGACGUCUGAAAAUAUGCUACCUCCUUCACGACACAAUCAGGGGACUCGCACAGGGCGCUCUGGCUGCAGCUGAGGAGGGGAAGCAGCAGCAGCUUCAGGAGCAACAACAUCGACAAGCAAAGGAACAGCAACAGGCCGUUGUGUUGCCUGAAGGGUGGGUGUAUGGUGGAGUGGAGAGAAUAGAGAGGUUGGAUGAGCUGCACGCAGCGAUGAAGAUUCUUGUGGAGGCUUUGGACGUGCAGCUGAAGUUGCUGCGUCGGUUGCAGCUGCGACUUCAGCAGCAGCAGCUACAGCAACAGCAGCAGCAGCAACAGCAGGAGGCAGUGGAUGAGGAGGUACGACUGACCAGCGUGCCGUUGCAAGUGGAGAUAGUGCGCCUUCUGAUGACUGUUGCCACUGAAGCUUUUGCGGCGCUGACGGAUGCAACUCCGGAGGUGCUGGACAUGAACGAAAUGAGACAGGCAAUUAGCAUCAUGUUUCCACAGAACGAGGUCCCUCCGGCUGAGUUGCAAUGCACGUAUACUCCAGAUACAGCCGCUAUUGACAAGAGGUUGCUCGUCUUUCUGCGUGAUAUGGUCUCUUCUACCCGUUCUUGUCUCCAAGAUCUUUCUGAGGGCGCCGACGGGGAGUUGCAAGGGAUUCCCGGGGAUAACGCGGACGGUCCCUUCCACGUGCUGGAGUGCCUUUUCGUGCAGCUGGAAUCGGUAUUUGUGGCUGCAUGCAAGAAGCUUCUUUACUGCAACCCCCCAGCGUCGCAGCAUGCAGUUAGUAUGCGUCUCAGCAUGGGCCAGCAGGUUCGCUGCAGCACACAAAUGAGAGAAAUCGAUGAAGGCAGGGAGGCACAGGCUGCUCUUCAGAAAGCCCUUAGGGCAGACGGGGGCUUGGGAAGUGGCGGGGGUGUGACAGGAAGGGGAAGAGGCAGGGGCAGAGGAGGAUAUGGGGGCAGGGGAGCAGCGGCUGCUGCACGAGCUGCUUCCGCAGCAGCCGCUGCCUCGGCUAUUAGUAGCACUCCUGCUGCUUCUGCUGCUGCCGCUGCUGUCGGCGCUGCCACCACAAGGAGCAUCAGCAGACAGCAACGCAGAGCGGCCCGCAGCCAAAAAAUGGGCGGGGAGUAUUUUGAGGGCCACAUCUCUGAUGGGGAGCAAAUACGUACAACAGAAGACACGUCACAGCAGCAACAGCAACUGCUUCAACUGCAGCAGCAGCAACAGCAGCAACGGAGGCAGGCGCAGCUGCAACCGCAGCAGGAGCCACUUAAGCAACAGCGCUUGCCGCAACACCUGCAGCCACAGCAACAGGUCCAGCAGCAACAGCUCCUGCAGCAACAACUGCAACAACAACAGCAACUGCAGCAACAGCAGCGCCAACUGCAGCAGCAAGCGCAAUUGCAGCAGUUGCGCCAGCCACAGCUCCAGACUCACCAGCUGCAGCAGCAGCUACAACAGCAGGCACAACAGCAGCAAUUGCGCCAGCCGCAGUUACAGCAGCUGCAGCAGCAGGCACAGCAGCUGCAGCAGCAGGCACAACAGCAGCAGUUACGCCAGCCCCAUCUGCAGGCACAGCAACUGCAACAGCAGGCACAGCAGUUGCAGCAGCAGUUGCAGCAACAGCAGCAGCUGCGCAGUGUGCCGACACAUUUGCAACAGUUGCAGCAACAGCAAUUGCAGCAGCAGCAGCAGCUACAUCAGCAAACGCUACAGCAGCAAUUGCAGCAGCGGCAGCUGCAGGCGCAACAGUUGCCCCAGCCCCAAAUCCAGCAGCAACAACAGCAGCUGCAGCAACAGCUGCUCCAGCAGCAACUACAGCGUCAGCAGCAGCUGCAGACACAGCAAAGGCAGCAGUCUCUUUCAACACCUCAGCUACAGCAGCAGUUACUGCUGCAGCAACGUCAGCAGCAGUUGCUGUUGCAGCAGCGCCAGCAGCAGCUGCUGCAUCAGCAGCACCUUUUGCAGCUUCAGAAGUCUGGCUUGACGGGAAAAGAACAACAGCAAGUAGGCACUGCAACCCAGAUGCAGCAGCAGCAACUGCAGUUGCAGCACCACUUUCUCCAACAACAGCUGCUUCAGCACCAACAGCUGCUACAGCAGCAGCAGCAACAACUGCUGCAGCAGCAGCUGCAGCAAGGCGUUGCUGACAAACGUGGCCCUGCAUGGGCGUCUCCAGGGGAGCAGCAACAAAAGAAGCAAAGAGCUGGGGGAGGAAAUAUUAGCAGCAGCAGUAGCGGCGCUCCAGGUGAGGCCGAGGAGCUUCAGCAGCAGUGA